AUGGAGGCCGAGCUUUUUCAGGUACUCCCACAAUUAAAGGUUCUCAUCUGCCGUCACUGCGGCUAUGGCGUUCGAUUACCGGAGGCCGAGAAUCAUCUUAAAAAUCAGCAUGCACUGCCCCAUGCUGAUGUAGCCUCCAUUAUCCAGGCCAUCCGGCAAUGGCCCCAGAUCGAGCAGGAGAAUACCAACAUCCAGAUUCCUACCGUAUUAGACAUCCCGCUCCCCAUUCUCCCCUGCCAUCGCCGCGGACUACUCUGCCAGCGUGGGUCUGAUCCAUGCCGUUUCAUCGCCUCCACCAUGGAAUCUCUGCGGAAGCAUUGGCGCCAGGUUCAUCACUGGUCUCAACAGACCCGCCGCGGCCGAUUGCCCCCAUCCGAGCGUGCCCGCAGCGAGGCGGAACUACAACGAUCGUUUCGUACGGUCUCCUGGCAGCAGGUCUUCCCCAGCGGCCGUGGAUCUCACUAUAUCCACAUCCGGUUCCCAGACGGCCGCCAGUCUCCCCAGCCCGCUCCCGAUCAGGCGCAGCACGCGGUGGACGCCGUGAUCCGGGCGUGGGAGGCGGCAGAACGGGCGCAGGCGGGCGAGCCGAUCCAACCCGAUUCCAUCACCGACGCUAACCCGUGGCUGCGGUUCACGCAGUGGGCGGUCUUUCUCCGCGAUAUCCCGCCCGAGGACUUGUUGCGGAGUGUGGCAGCCCCCGACCCCGAGGAUCUGGCCCAGGGGCGAGAUUCUGCCCGUGGGCGACAUCCAGCGGCCCACCGGGACCGGGACGAUGCAGUGGAGACGGCCAUCCAAGCACUCUGGGGGACCGUCGACCAGCUCGCGCGGAAGAGUCAGCGGACGGUACAGCACUGCGGGUCGGCAAUCCGGAUGGAGGCGGUGCGGACGCAGCAGAAGGAGCUACCGUAUCGCCCGCUGCUGGCGUACAUGGACGAGGAGAGCAUCCAGCGGCACGUAUACCCGUGGCAGCAGUUGCUGACGUUCUUUGCGCGGACGCAGGCGCCCCACGACUGGGCGAGCCCCCCGUACGACUUCACCCCCCGGCAGCGGCAGAAGUGGCGUCGACUGUGGCAGGCGAUGCAGGCGGAGGACGCCGUGGUGGAGGCGGCGGCGGCGGACCACGACGAGGCGGAGGAUCCGGAGGAGCUGCGGCAGUGGGUAAUGACCACCCGAGAGCGGGCGUGCCUGGAGUUCUGCGUGGAGCUGCUGAACCAACGGCAGCGGGGUCACGAGUACGAGAGCGCGCUGGUGUGCGCGAUGGCGGUGCUGGGCCGCAGCGAGCACGGGUGGCGGUCCGCCGACAGCUACCCCCCCAUUCUGUCCAAGGUGAUCAAGAUCGCGCGGUUCUUCGUCGUGCAGAAGGCGCUGUGGCUGGACCCCGCGGCGCGGCAGAUUAUCGACCUGUGGCGGAGGCGGCAAACCGACGUCCCGUGGGCGUUGACCAGCGCCGAUGACGGGCUAGAGGAUCUGGACGAGGGAUACGUCAGUGCUUCUCCGUCCAGCGGCCCUGUACCGUCGUACGGUGCCAUGGGUUGGGCCCCCGGGACGCCGUCGUCAUAUCCGAAUUCUCGCUAUGCGCGCCCUCUGGCUCGAGAGCGCUCCAGGGAGCCCCCGUCGAGUGCGCCAUCCAGUGCCGGGUUCGGCACGCCCGUGUAUCCCGUCCGCAGCAGCCCCAUGUCGACGCUGGAGGGAGGGAGUGCGCGCACGUUCCCCGAGCAGGUGGAGCGGAUGGUCCAGCGGUUUAUGAUCCGGGGGACGCAGGGGCCGAUGCAGACACUGCUCGACUGGCGGACGUACGGGCUGAAGGUGCACUUCAACAGUACGGCGCCGGGGCACGUGGCGUGGCUCGGGGCGGACGAGAUCCUAUACAAGGACAUCCAGUUUACGAUGGGGGGCUUCCGGGGGUUCGUGCACGGGCUGACGGGGGCGACGCGGGAUCUGCUGCAGCAGCUGCUCUUCACGGAGACGCCGCCGGCGAUCCCAUGGCGGAAACUGUACGAUGACCCCACGGAGAGCACGCCCGGCUGGAGCUUUCUGCGGGACGCGCGCACGCCGUGGCCGGUGGUGGGGCGGCGGUGGCUGAUCGACCGGGUGCGGGCCGAUCCGCUGCUCCAGCGAGAGUUUAUCCGCACCGACCACUUCCACCCCCCCAAGGUGCGGGCGUAUUUCCAGCGGGUUGCGCGGUUUAAGGAGCAGCUGGCGGUGCUCGUACAUAUGGUGGCGGGUCAGCCGGGGCGGAUCCCGGAGUUGCUCAGUCUGCAGCAUGUGAACACGGACCGGAACCGCCGCCGCAGUAUAUACAUCGAGGACGGGAUGGUCACACUGGUCAGCGCAUACCACAAGGGCUUCUACGCCAGCAACGACACCAAGGUCAUCCAUCGCUAUCUCCCGCGGGAGGUCGGGGAGCUACUGGUGUACUACCUGUGGCUCGUGCUACCAUUUGUGCAGCAGCUGAUCGUGGCCAGCCAUCCCCCCCGCAGCACGCUACCCGACGGCCACAGUCCCGGGGUUUCGACCGGGGCCGACCUCGAUAACUUGGCCCCGGUCGAAACCACCGCCGUUUGGCCCACGGGCGAAAGCGAUGAUCCGCCCGUGGGCCACAAGGCCCGCGAUUGGUCAUAUCUCUGGAGCGUCGAUCCGGGAAGCGGCCGAGCGUGGUCAUCCGAUCGAUUCCGUCGGAUUCUGCAACGGGAGACGGAGGCGCGACUGAGCCGGAAAGGCGUCACGAUUCUCGCAUAUCGGGAUAUCGCGGUGGGGAUCAGCCGGCGGUUUCUGCGGCCCAGCAGUCAGUUCGCGCACAACCAGCAGGAGGAGCGGGCGACGGAGCUCACCGGGAUCGACGCGGACGACGAGGAUCGCAUGGACCCCGAGCAGUGGGUGGGCCACAUCGCGGAUCUGCAGGCGGCGCACUCGUCCCAUCUCGCCGGACUGAUGUACGGGCGGCAGGUGACGGAGGCGGCGGGCACGACGGCGCACCGGCAGGCGAUGUUCCGGCUCAGCAGCGAGGACUGGCACCGCUUCCUCGGCUUCCCGUCGGCGCAGGCGGCGGUGGACCUGCCCAGCGCACUCGGCAAGCGCAAACGCGCGCCGUGGGAGGAGGCGGCGGGCGAGCAUCGGGUGUGGCGGCAGCACCGCCUGAGCCAGGCGGACGUGACGCAGGCGGCGCGGCAGAUGACCGGGCAGGCGGGUCUGCAGCUGCGGGGGGUGCAGGGGCCGGCGCUGCGGGCGAUCCAGGACGGCGCGAGUCCGGCGGUAGCGGUGAUGCCGACGGGGGGCGGGAAGAGCAUGCUGUUUAUGCUGCCGGCGUGGCUGGAGCCGGGGGGCACGACGAUCGUGGUGGUGCCGCUGCUGUCGCUGCGGCAGGAUCUGCAGCGCCGGUGCCAGCGGCUCGGGAUCGCGUGCGUGGCGUGGGAGAGCCGCUGCCCGCCGGACGACGCGUCGAUCGUGCUAGUAACGCCCGAGUCGACCGAGCACCCCGACUUCCACUCGUUCGUCAACCGGCUGCGGGUGCAGCAGCGGCUGGACCGAGUGGUCGUAGACGAGUGCCAUAUCGUGCUGAACGACCAGGCGGACUUCCGGCCGGCGAUGCGGCGGCUGGGCCAUCUGACGGCCGCGCGCACGCAGAUGGUAUAUCUGACGGCCACGUUGCCCCCCAGCGAGGAGCCGCGGUUCUUUGAGCGGAUCGGGCACGCGCGAGAGACGGCGCGCAUGUUCCGCGGACGAACCAGUCGGGCCAACAUCCGGUACGGGGUCUGGCGGCCGGCACUGCCCGCGGGCGUGAGCCCCGGACCGCAGGCGUGGCUGGAGACGGCGGCAGUGCAGGACUUUGUGCAGCGGCAGAUCCGGCAGGCGCGGCCGGGGAAGGUAAUACUCUACGCGAACGUAGUGAGCCAGGUUACGGCGAUGGCGCGGCUGCUGGACUGCCCGGCGUACUACAGCGGGCAGCCGGAUCGGGCCGGGGUGCUGCAGCAGUUCAUCGACGGGGCCGCGCCGGUACUGGUGGCGACGAGUGCGCUCGGGAUGGGGGUUGAUAUUCCCGACAUCCGCUGCAUCAUCCACCUCGGCGCGCCGCGGACGCUACUCGACUACGCGCAGGAAAGCGGGCGCGCGGGGCGGGACGGGCAGGCCAGCACGGCCAUUAUCAUCCAGCCGCUCGGAUGGGAUACGCCGGCGAGGUGGAUGGGCGAGAUGGCCCCGGGCGAGUCCGAGCGGGUGCAGGGGUAUUUAGAGGCACGAUGUCGUCGGCAGGCGCUGGACCGGUAUCUCGACGGGCCGGUGGACGGGGACCUGCGGCAGGACUGCCAUAAUCCGGCGGGGGACACGCCGUGUGAUCAGUGCCAGCCGGUUGCCAUCAUAGAGCGUGGGAGUCGGCCGGCAGAAUCCAUUUCGCCCCGAUCCAACACGCCGAGUUCGUCCCGUUCCCGUUCGCGUAGCGAGUCAUUUAUCUCCCAGGCGCCAUAUUCCAUGCAUCCGGACCCCAGUCCCCAUCGUGGCGUCUCCCCCGCGCGGCCGUUUUCGCCCGUGGGCGACACUGGCGGGUCCCGGGCCCGGCACUGGCCGCAGGCGGAUUUUCAGGCGCAGCAGCAGAUGCGGCAGGAACGGUUAACGGAGGAGCAGGUAGCGGAAACGGCGCUGCAGUGGCAGGACCACUGUUAUAUCUGUACGCUGCAGGGCCGGGACGGGGCCAGCCACGAUCUGUACGGGUGCCGCGCGGCCGACAGCCAAACGGCCAAACGGUGGAUGGUCCAGGUCCGGCGGCAGAUCCAGUACGCCCGAUAUAGCGCGUGUUUCCAGUGCGGGAUGCCCCAGGCCGUGUGCCCGGGGUGGGAGAACCGCUCGCAGUGUGCGUACCGCGGGAUUUUGAUCCCCAUGGUAGCGAGCAUGGUAUUUGGACCCCAGGCACCGGUAAUCCAGGGCUUGUGGCAGCAACGACUGCAGCAGGCCGGGGUAGAUUACCAGGAUGAAGGCGCCAUCAUUACAUUUUUAGGGCAGACGGGACGGCCCCGGCACAGCCAGUUAUUUGAUAUAUAUUGCUGGCUGCGGGAGAUAUAUCGGGAGAUCGAGGAUCGGUAG